AUGGGUAGCUCUUUUCGGAGCUAUGUGUGGGAUCCGCCGCUCAUUCUCGGCCAAAUGGCCACUGUACAGUGCAUUUACUACGUCUCGCUCGGUUUUAUGCUGACCCUCGCUUCUUGGCUCUUCGGCCUUCCGCCCAGCUUGAGCUACAUGUUCGAUUCAAACAUUCUUCAUUUAUCUAACUACACCAAUACUCUUGUUGUUUGUUGUCAUGCUAUUUCUGCGCUUGGUGGUUCUGUUGCUCUGUGGUACUUUGUCAAACGCGCCAAGCAAUGUCUAGACUUUACCUGUACAAUGCACCUAUUUCACCUUAUCGGCUGCUUCAUCUACCGCGGCUUUCCUACCACUGUUUCUUGGUGGCUAAUUCAACUCGUUUGCAUCACUAUCAUGGUCGUCAUGGGCGAGUAUCUGUGCAUGAGAACGGAAAUGCGAGAAAUCCCGCUGCUAGGAGGUACUAGGCACAAUGUAUGA